AUGACUGACAACUCCGAAACCAGCAUUACUGCUGCUACUACCGCUGCCUCAAUUCAUUCAGACUCAACAAGUACACUGUCUCGUCGAUCGUCCUCGCAAGCCUCACGAGCAUCGGCUGACAGCAAAAGACUCAAGACUAUUCGUGGUCCUAAGAGGGGAGCCUCUCGUGCUGUUCUGAAGAGUCAAUCCAGCCAGGAUGCAUCCCUUACCUCUUUUCCCUCGCUGUCACCGGAACCAGAUGAGAAUGUACCUCCAGCCAACCAGGACCUUGACAAGCCUACCCGAACCACUUCACAAAGAGUGAGAGCCAGGAAGGCCACCUUAGCUGGCUUGACCAAGCCUAGCCUACUCAACACCUCGAAUGCGUUGUUCGACGACUCCCCACGAUCUUCACUCGAUAUUCCUGGCUCCCUACAUUUGACAAAUGAUGAACAUAUAGAGCGUCUACUUAAAAGAGUAGGAGCUGUCAAACUCAUAAGACAGUAUGCACAAGAUCUGGCACAAAGGGAUGCUGAGAUGUCUGCUCUCCGGGUUCGUGCGGACGAGCGAGAGAGGGAACUGAAGAGAUUGCUUAGGGAGGCAGAUGUCUCAUCCGCUGAAGUUGAGAAGCGUCUGUUGCGCCUCGAAACUCCCAACAUAUCCACUAGCACUGUUGGCGGAAGUGAUUCGGGCCCAAAGAGAACUUCUUCGGUGUCUAUUGAUUCAAUGAUCAAUGAUGCCAUAGUGGACGUUCACGACUCGUCUUCUGUGAAGCAGUCUCCUCAGCUUGUUGCAGCUACAGGCUUGCCUAGUCCGCCUGCAGCAAUGAUGAGACGUUUGAAAAGCUCUGCGUCCGUAAGUCAGCUACAGAACGAAAAUGUGAUGAGCCGUAAUUCCAGCCGCACAAACAGUAUCGUUAGUGGCGACGAUGGGGAUCGGGAGUCAACUCUUCGACCUAGACAGCCUAGUUCUGCCAUCUCUCGAGUCACCGGCUUGCAAAGUAUCUUUCAGCCUCCAUCGACCACAACGAGUUACUUCAUAGGCGGUGGUUCUAAGAAAAUCUCAACUAAGCCAAAGGCUGGUGAUGAAAUGAGCGUAAAGUCAACACAGUCUGGGAAGUCCGCCACUUCAUGGACUCGUAUCUUUGGCACUCGCAAUCAGUCUGGCAGGUCCAGAGCUUCUUCCAUUGACCAGGCCAAUGCACCCCCCAACGAUUCCCUAACCAAUGCUCAUACGAAGAUUAGAGGCACUGCCGCCAGAGGCAACCCUGGUCCUACCGCUUCUUCAGGCCGACCCCAGCCUCAGCGAUCCGCCACCCUCAGUCGUAUCAACCAGAGUCAGACUCAUGUUCGCAAGGACUCCAAUGCUAGUAGCCUUCCUCCUACUGUCGAAUUGGAUGCCAUGAUUGAGAGCUCCCAACUGCCUCCUACCAUGUCAAACUACAAUACUGAGGGAGUGCUGGUCGAUCGCUUUGGUUUCAUCUAUGAUCGUAAGCGCAAGAGGCAGCACGUUCAAGCCCAACGACAUCAGAAAUAUAAAUCAUCGGCUACUGCGAGCCUCAAAAGUUUCCAUUCUGGUGACGGUCCUGCAACAACUGAGCACGCCAAUAGGCCAGUGACACCAGCUUCGAUAGAUGACGAUUCGCCAAAGAAAUCUUGGCAGGAUUACUUACUGCCUUCAACAGCGUCCAACAUGAGGAGACCAAAAGAGCUGUUAGCUCAUACACCUUCAGCAGGAGCAGUGGUCACCGUAAGCACGGCAGGGGCGGAAGGCACUAUUACACCACCCCGAAUGAAGGACACAUCUGUUUCAGUGUCUGCUACUUCACAGAAGGCUCUCCCAAGUGGCGCCAAGACAUCUGCAAUAACUGCGGUUUCAACCGGUCAAACGCAGGAUAUUGAGGACGAAGCUAGCGAGAUAGGUGCUGCAAAAGCUUUGUUGGACCAGCUGACAGAAGUUCAUGACAAUCUACAGGCUGAACGAACAGUGAAAUGGAACGAUUUCUUGCGCCGUGUUAGAGCAGAAAGGUCGACAGCCACAACGGACAAGCCUAGCAAAAACGCGCCGGAAGCAGAUUUGGUGAAUGGAGAGCUCAUUGGGAUUGCCUCUCUUGGCCGCUCUAGCAAAACCAAGGCCAAGUACAUGCACUUCAAGUCGUUAGUACUUGCAGGAAUCCCAGUUUCCCUCCGACCAAAGAUCUGGGCUGAGUGUUCUGGCGCAAGUUCUUUACGUGUUCCUGGUUACUACGAAGACUUGGUAGCACGCUCUAAUGACGAUUCAGAGAUGGAAGCAGAUAUUCUGCAGCAGAUACAAGCCGACGUGAAACGAACACUGAAAGACAAUGUUUUCUUUCGAGAUGCUUCAGCGCCGGGCGCGCAGCGUUUGGAAGAGCUACUGAGAGCAUAUUCUUUGCACAACCCACGGAUCGGUUAUUGUCAGGGCAUGAAUCUGAUCACAGCUUCCUUGCUACUGAUAUGCGCUACACCAGAAGAUUGCUUUUGGCUACUGGUUGCUAUCAUCGACUACAUCUUGCCUAGCGGGUAUUUCGACCAGAACCUGCUCGUAGCACGAGCAGAUCAGAUUGUUUUGAGGGAGUAUGUGGCCGAGGUGCUCCCUAAAUUGGACGCCAAACUUCAGGAACUUGGGGUCGAGCUCGAGGCCUGCACAUUCCACUGGUUUCUCAGUCUGUAUACUGGUGUUCUAACAGGAGGUGAGGCUCUCUACCGCGCUUGGGACGUUACCUUGUGUCUCAAUAGCUCCGACUCGGCACCAAUAGCUCUUCAACAACGGUCAGCGGCUGCGACACUAGGCGUGGAGGGCUAUUUGAACGCUGUGCAGCCUAGCACACCAACCACGCCGUCAACUCUCACGGCCAGUACUGAUGAUUCUAAAUCAGGUGGGGACCAUGACGGGACUUGCUCGCCGUUUUUGUUCCAGCUCAGCCUUGCGUUAUUGAAGCUAAAUGAGGAGGCUAUUACUGCACUAGAUUCUCCAGCUCAAGUCUACACGUAUUUAAAUCACAACAUGACAGCGCACAACAUCACUAUCGACGCACUUAUCAACGCCAGUGAGAUGCUGCGCAGUCGGGUCAAGCGCACGGAUGUUCUCGAUCGAAGGAAAAAAGCGGUGGAAAGUCUCAGAUAA